GACCAGCGGACUGCGUUAAAACAUCCUCCAGCCAACAUGCCUCAAGCUCAGAGCCUUCAAUCAAGCAGGCUGACCCUCUCUGAAACAAGCUUGGAGUCCUUUCAGAAGAGGAAGAGGAAAUCCAUAAUAGUGACGGUGUUGCUGUUCAUCGUAUCCAUACUCAUUCUCAUCUUUGGCCUGGCAGCGACCACCAGGGCGCAGAACAUCACAGUGGGCGGCUACUACCCAGGAGUCAUUCUGGGCUUUGGCUCUUUUCUGGGAAUUAUCGGCUCUCAUUUGAUAGACAACAAGAGGCAAAUGUUAGUGGCAUCUAUUGUCUUCAUCAGUUUCGGAGUGGUGGCUGCCUUCUGCUGCGCGAUUGUCGAUGGAGUGUUUGCUGCGAGGCAUAUUGACCUCAGGCCUCUGUACGCCGGCCGCUGUGAGUAUCACUCAAGUGAGACUUCACCUGAACGUGAUGUGCCCUGUCAGACAUCAUCGCGAUCGUCCUGUAACCUGCGCGUGAAGGGCAACACCUGUUACUGCUGCGACCUCUACAACUGCGGGAAAGAACAUCCUCUUAUGGGACUUCAGAAUAAAGAUGUUUUGAAAAAGUUUAGGAAAUCAUCCAUGAUUUGGAAGUCCAGCCGUGUCGAGUUCAUUGGCGGCUACCACGAAUACACAGAUGUGAAGAGCUGCCAAGACGUGGUGUACCUCUAUCACCUGCUGUGGUCCGUCACAAUCCUGAACAUCGUCGCCCUCUUUCUGGGCAUCAUCACCGCGGCAGUGCUGGGAGGCUUCAAAGACCUGAUUCCCUCUGCUGCCUCAGAGACUACAUCUGAACCAGAGGCCAUCACAGCUCCAGUCCCCCCACAGCCUCCUCCACCCACCACCACCAUCAACUCAUAUUACAACACUGCCCCCUGCCUGCCGCCUUACACUGCUCACGACAUGCAGGGCUCCUGCCUGUUCCCCGACUCCUCAGGUCUUUCAGAUGACUCCCAGUCAGGAGCCAGCCACCUGUGGCCCACUAUGAUCCCUCCCCGCUACUCUCCUCCUCACAACCAUCCCGACGAGAAGCCUCCGCCGUACAGCCCGUAAGGCGGCUACCAGCAGAGACGGGCGCCUGAAACAACGACGGGUGUUUUCGGAUGCGGACUUGAGUGGUUUGAAUGCACAAUUCCUCCGAGCUUUUUCUCACAAUCUUUUUUAAAAAACGGCGUUGAAGAAAAGGUGGCGAGGAAGAGGAUGACGACCACGGAGCACACUCACUUUGAGUUCGACCCAAAACAACGAGCGUUUGUCUCCCUGGGCAGCGCUCACACUCACGCCUGCACUGUGCGCGUGCGUGCGUCUACACAUCAUGAGAGCCACCUGGAUCAACGCCAGGAUUGUUUACACAUCUAUCUGCCUUAACGCAAACAGGCUUCCAGCGCUGCAGCUCUUGGUCUCCUGGACUUCUUCUGUUCCAGGUCCACAACUCUCCUCCACCUCAUGCUUUGUUCUUUACCUCUCUUCAGGUCAUACUGUAAAUGCUGUGAGGAUCUGGACUGGUGCUCACAGCUCGGAACCCCGGUAACAUAAAAGCGUUGCCGUACAAAUUAAUAAUUGUAGUUUUAGGCCAAAGCAAAUGUUUCCAUGCUCGUAAUGUAUGUACAGCAGUAUGGUAAACAGAUGCUCCUUCAGCAGUUAAGACUAACGUAUAUGAACAGAUUAUGGUGUCUAUUUAUCAACUCUUCAGUUUAUGUUCUAAAACAUCUUGAUCAAUGUGUGGUGCUCUUUGCAGAGCAAUGUUUUUGAAGAAAUAAGUUAUUCUGCAGUAGAUGUUAAGGAAGGACUGUCAAGUCAAUGUGCACUUCAAACCCUAUUUAUUGUCUUUUCCAAUCAAAGCUGCCAGGCAGGCACACAUAUAUGGUCUCUCUUUGUAAGUAGUCGUAAUAUCACAUCUAUGAGUCGAAAUGUGUCGUCUCUGUCAGGCCGAGUGUGGACAGUCGGUGCUGGAUUCACUGACAUGAGGUGGGAGAUCAUGAAGAGUUGAAAGUACUGUUGAUCACGGAGGAAGAGUGAAGAAGAGCGAACUUCAGUUCAUGAGACGGGUCACAGUCAGCUUUAAUCACUGCUUUUUAUGAUUCAAACGACACAUUAUCAGGGGCUGAUUGUCAUGUCCUUUUUGUCUUGCCAUUAAAAAAAAUGUUUUGUGUAA